AUGACGAAAGACACCAAUUACACAGAGCAUGGGAUUUACUCAUUUCGAGAUCCGACUACCUUUCAACAGCGCCAUCACAACGGCAAUUCACAGACAACACAGGACGAUGAGGAGAGCCACUUUACAUUACGGGCUGUCGCCUGUGGUCUCUUAAUCGGUACAUUGAUGUGCUUCUCCAACAUGUACUUUGGCCUUCAAACAGGAUGGAUUUCGAUGAUGUCUCUGCAAUCAUCACUACUGGGUUUCGCCAUGUUCAAGCCCUUCCAACAUAUGCUAAGACAGAAAUUCGGGCCCAUCGAAAAUGUAGUACUGCAAACAACCGCAGUUGCUACUGCAACCAUGCCCUUGGCAGCAGGCUUCGUAGGUGUCAUCCCAGCGCUAGAAUUGAUGACCAAAAGCGACAAUCCCACUGGAGCCGUUGUAUUGAGUGGCUGUCAAUUGAUACUUUGGUCCCUUGGUGUUGCCUUUUUCGGUGUAUUUUUUGCCAUUCCAUUGCGAAAGGAGACUAUUAUACGAGAGAGACUCAAGUUUCCUUCAGGUACAGCUACAGCCCAAAUGAUCAGUCUGCUACAUCAACGACAGGACCCAACGCUGAUCGAUCACACAACCGCCACAAAGAGAGGCGCCAAUAGCGCAUUGCGUCUACGAAGAAACCAGCGUGAUGAGGAGCGUCAGCCCUUGAUUCAACAGCAACAGCUGCAAAAGCAGCAGCAGAGAUACACAGCGCCUGCUAUUUCUCCCGAGGCGCCGGAACAAGAACAGGAAUCAUUCGAAUACAGUUGGUCCCUGAAAUUACACGGACUGAUCGCUUCCUUCACCGUGUCAUCCUUGUACACCUUGUCGUCCUACUUUGUGCCAGCCGUCAAUGCUAUUCCCAUCUUCAACUGGUUCUCGCUUGGCUUCAUUGACUUUAAUGCGUGGCAAUGGUAUUUUACACCGAGUUUUAGCUACAUUGGACAGGGCAUUAUUAUGGGAUUACCGACGACAUUAUCCAUGCUGCUGGGUUGUGUCAUUGGUUGGGGCAUUUUGUCACCUGCUGCCUAUUACGCAGGUUGGGCACCUGGCCCUAUCGACGACUGGAAGACGGGCUCCAAGGGAUGGAUUUUGUGGAUUUCCUUGGGAGUGAUGAUUGCAGAAUCAUGUGUGUCACUGCUCGUUGUUUUUGUGAGGAGUAUUGUCAAGACAGUGCGUCGUAAGCAAGAGGAAGGGUUGUAUGCUGUUGCUAGUACUAGCGAUGGAUCAGCGCAAGAGGAGAUGAUUGAGCACGUACUCGAGGAGGAAGUGGUUGAAAUGGAUGCUCCUGUGAGCCAACAAGUGUCCAAAAAAGUGGCUACGAUUGGCUUGAUCGCCUCCACCAUUCUGUGUGUCGUGAUGAUGCGUGCUGUGUUUGGACCUGAGGCGAUGCCUGUUGGCAUGACACUUGUCUCCGUUGUCAUUGCCAUGUUCCUCAGUGUGCUCGGUGUGCGCGCACUCGGUGAAACUGACUUGAACCCUGUGUCUGGUAUUGGCAAAUUAUCACAAUGCAUUACAGCUACAUUGAUGCCUGGUGCCAUUGUUGCCAAUUUGAUUGCUGGUGGUAUUGCCGAAGCAGGAGCUCAGCAAGCAGGCGAUUUGAUGCAAGAUCUUAAAACAGGUCAUCUACUCGGUGCAUCACCCAAAGCUCAAUUCUACGGCCAAAUGAUUGGCUCUUUCGCAAGCGUUUUCAUCACUACCGGCGCCUAUUUGCUGUAUAGAACUAUCUACAGCAUUCCUGGGCCUGAAUUUCCUGUACCUACUGCUCAAGUAUGGCUGGACAUGUCUCGACUUGUCAAUGGCCAUCCAUUACCACCUCACGUUUUUGAAUUUGUAAUUGCUUUUGCCAUCUUAUUUGCUGUAUUUGUAUUGGUCAAGGAGCUCUAUCCUGAUCGUCAAAAGCAAGGUUGGGUCCGUUUUAUACCUCAGGGCAUUGCGUUCGCCAUUGGUAUGUACAAUCCUCCCAAUUUCACCUUGGCUCGUGUGAUCGGUGGGCUCAUUGUGCAUUUCUGGAACAAGUUUUGUAAUGAGCCCAAAUACAAGCACGAGCAGAAUCACCGUGGUCUGCGUGCUUGGGUCGAGCCCUAUCGAGCUAUUGGUGGCAAGGUGUUUAUCGUUGUUGUUGCUAGCGGGUUUGUCCUCGGUGAGGGCACAUUUGCUAUUGUCAACAUGACGAUGCGAGCAUUUAAUGUGCCUCAUUUCUAA